AUGGAGGAGCAAUAAACUGCCAAUAUUGCUCUGGACUUGAUUUAAUAAAUUCUAGUUUUACUAAUAUAAAGUCUGCGUAGGUAUAAGAUAACAAAUACAAUAUUCAGAAACUGCACCUCUGAAACAGGAGGAGCAAUAUAUGCCACAAAUCCAGAAUCACUUAUUAUUUCAGCUAGCUAAUUUCUUGGAAAUAAAGCAUUAUAUAUUAAAGAGUUAUCCAACCAAUUCCAGAAUUACGGUUCAGGUGGAGCCAUAUACUAUACAUGCAAUUAAUAUUACCUUAAUUGCCUCCUUAAACUUGAAGGAGAGAAUUUGUUUAAAGAAAAUAAGGCAUCAAUUUAAGGAGGAGCUAUAUAUUGGGAUAUGCUUGAGCCUUAAUACAGUUAAAAUGACAUAAAAUUCAUUGAAAAUUCAGCAAUUUAUUAUGGAGAUGAUAUUGCUUGUUUUGCAUAAAAUUUAAAGGGAAUAUCUAAAUAGUCCUACAUUAACUAAAUGAUUAGAGUUGGUAACCAAAUUUCUUAAGAUGAUAUUUUAAGAAGAACUCUUCAAAAUCAGUCGAGAGAUUCUACAUAAAAUAAUGAUUAAGCAAAUGUUAAUAACCAGAGAAGUGGGGGACCACUGCCUGUAAUGAUCUGA